AUGGCACUGUUUCAGACACGGAAGAAGUCUUCUUCACCUUCUUACGUAUCAACCUUGACAAUAUUAGUAUUCAUCGCACUAUGUGUUUUUGGCGUGUGGAUGCUAACCUCCAACUCAGUAGUGCCACCUCAAACACAGAGCGAUGAAGACACCUCAACUCGAACAGCUAUAGAUACCUCUGCAACCACCAAUGAUGAACUCUCUUCCUCCGAAGAUUCUCAUGAAACCACCUCGAAAAGCGGAGAAAAAGAAAAGGACAAUCCUACUGCUGUGUAUGGAGACAACCCUGGUCAUCUUCCUGAUGAUGCCAUUAAAGCCGAUGAUAAUAAUUCCAACAAUGAGCCACAAAAGCAACAAGUUGACAUUAGUGACUCACAGCUUUCUGAGGAAAGCUCGUUAACUCAAAAAGAUCAAGUCACAGCUGUGAUACAUGAAGCUGGUUCAGACAGUGAUGUGAAAAUUUCUGAGCCUGAGAAACAGGAUGAAGAGAAUCAAGAGCAACAAGAUGUCCAAAGUUUUGGCACUCGAGGAGGGUCUAAAACGGAGGAAGAUGAAGCAAAUAAGGAACAACUGAGGGAGGACAAAGGUGUGGUUGAAGUGGCAAAGAAAUAUGAAAAGGUACCAGCAGACACGUCACAACAGGAUUCUGAUGCGGCUUCAAAGGGCACAAGCUCUCAGGAAGAGGAAACUCAAAACCCAAAAGCAGAGAAGAAAGGUGGAAAGUCAAAGAAGCCGUGGUCAACACAAGUUGCUCAAUCGCAACAAGAGAACAAGAGACAGACGGUUGAAUCAAACAGCGAUGAGAAACUUGAAGAUCACACGUGGUAUCUCUGCAAUGUCACUGCAGGUGCUGAUUAUAUACCGUGUUUGGACAACGAAAAGGCUUUGAAACAGUUGCGUAGCACAAAACACUAUGAACACAGGGAAAGGCAUUGUCCUGAGGACCCUCCUACUUGCCUUGUGCCGAUUCCUAAAGGUUACAAAACACCCAUCGAGUGGCCUAGCAGCAGAGAUAAGAUAUGGUACCACAACGUACCACACAAGCUGCUAGCAGAGGUGAAGGGACACCAGAACUGGGUGAAAGUGGCUGGAGAGUUCUUGACAUUCCCUGGAGGUGGCACUCAGUUUAUUCAUGGAGCUCUCCACUAUAUUGAUUUUGUUCAACAGGCUGAACCUAAUAUUGCAUGGGGAAAGCGCACUCGGGUGAUCUUGGAUGUUGGGUGUGGGGUUGGUAGUUUUGGAGGUUUUCUAUUUGAAAGAGAUGUUAUUGCAAUGUCUUUUGCACCUAAAGAUGAACAUGAAGCACAAGUGCAAUUUGCUCUUGAAAGAGGGAUUCCUGCCAUAUCUGCUGUCAUGGGUUCUCAAAGGCUACCAUUUCCCAGCAGUGUCUUUGAUCUUGUACAUUGUGCACGUUGUAGAGUACCUUGGCAUCUAGAUGGUGGCAUGUUGCUUUUGGAAUUGAAUCGAGUUUUGCGUCCAGGAGGUUAUUUUGUUUGGUCUGCUACUCCUGUGUACCAGAAGCUUGAGGAAGAUGUAGAGAUAUGGAAGGAAAUGACCUCGCUAACUAAGUCCAUUUGUUGGGAGCUUGUGACUAUCAACAAGGAUGGACUGAACAAAGUUGGUGCUGCCGUUUACCGCAAACCCACUUCCAACGAAUGCUACGAGCAAAGGGAGAAAAAUGAACCUCCAUUGUGUAAGGAUGAUGAUGAUCCAAAUGCUGCCUGGUAUGUACCUCUGCAGGCAUGCAUACACAAGGUGCCUGUAGACCAGGCUGAGAGAGGAGCCAAAUGGCCUGAAACUUGGCCUCGUCGACUGCAGAAACCCCCAUAUUGGUUAAACAAGUCGCAAAUUGGGAUCUAUGGAAAACCAGCUCCUCAAGAUUUUGUAGCAGACAAUGAACGAUGGAAAAACGUUGUGGAAGAGUUGAGCAACGCUGGAAUAAGUUUGUCUAACGUGAGAAAUGUCAUGGACAUGCGAGCUGUCUAUGGAGGAUUUGCAGCUGCUCUGAGGGAUCUUCCCGUCUGGGUGUUCAACGUGGUGAAUGUAGAUUCUCCUGACACACUUCCCAUCAUCUUUGAGAGAGGUCUUUUCGGAAUAUAUCAUGAUUGGUGUGAAUCCUUCAACACGUAUCCACGAACUUUUGAUAUACUGCAUGCAGAUAACCUUUUCUCAAAGCUAAAAGAUAGGUGCAAACUAGUUGCUGUUAUGGCAGAGGUGGAUAGAAUAAUCAGACCGGGAGGCAAGUUGAUUGUCCGUGAUGAAUCUACCACCCUCGGUGAAGUGGAAACUUUGUUGAAGUCUCUUCAUUGGGAAAUAAUCUAUAGCAAAAUACAAGAGGGUAUGCUCUGUGCAAAGAGAGGCAAAUGGCGGCCUGAUUCUGUAGCUUUGUGAUGAAGUGGUACUGAACAAAACAGUAAGUGGUUUAAUUCAAGGUGUGCUUUGAAACAAAGCUGCGCAGUGGCAGUAACAUGUAUUUGGUCUCUCAUCCACCACCUUCAAUGGCACAAAAGUUGUCCUGAAAACAUCACGCUAUUACUUGCCAUAUACGACAUGACAUAGAUGAUGCACCUCCAAGAAGAUUUAGAUUUUUAGUUGUCAAUAUAACCUGCCUUGUUAUUCUGUUCUGUGCUUACAUUCAGAACUAGUAAAUAAUCACUUAAUUAAGUUAUUCAAAACAGAACUAUUUUGUUGAAUAGCUCUUA